CACACACCACGCGCUCUUCGCUUCCGCGGGCCUUUUUACGACCUGCUCUGAGGCGCUCAGAAUGUUAACCUUGGAUAUAACGAAAAUAGAAGGGUCUUUUAAUGUACAAAAGGCAAAGAACAACGGAACGGAACUAAAGGAUGUGAAACCGUUACUGCCACAGAUAAUUAUUACAGGCCUCUGUUGCCUAUUGUUAUUUGAUCUUGGAAUGAUGAUCUCCUUCACAAGGAUGACUCCAACUUUGUAUGAGAAGUUGUCAGUUGAUGUAAUAGACGCUUCUUGGCUUGGUAUUACAACCUACAUUAUGCUGGCACUAGGAAGUUGCAUAUCAGGUUUAACUGCUGAUGCUGGAGGCAGGAGGGUAGCAAUGAUACUGGCAAACAGUGCAUCUCUUUCAGGAUGGAUUGCCACUGGAUUGUGUAAUAGCACUGAAGUGCUGUAUGUGUCCAGUGCUCUAACUGGUCUAGGCAUAGGUUUUACCAUGACACCAGUGCUUGCAUAUCUUGGUGAAAUCAGUCAACCACAGUUUCGCAGCAUGCUGAUUGCAGCUACUGGUACAAUGCCACACAUAGGAUGUCUACUUAUUUACAGUUUGUGGCCAUAUGUGCACUGGAAAUGGAUAGCAUUUGUAAGUGCUGUAGUGCCAGUCAUCUCUGUUCUCUCUAUUCUGUGGGUAAGCAUCAUUUCUAUAUUUUGA